AGGAGUUUGCCGGACGUGGCUCCCCAAAAGGGGGGAAGUGAUCGUCUCAGCCAAAGGGGGUGUUCACUUCUCACACUGAUCUCCUGGCCUCAGAACGAAUAGCAAAGAUCUUCAGCCAAAGUGUUACUCUUACCGUAGGUGGAAGGCAGCCCCGGGGGUGGGGGGAGUGGUGCAGUUGCCCUUCAUACUAUUCUGAAGCUUUGGGUCGCCAGGAGUGGCGAGAAACUGAGAUGGUGACUGCUGGCUGCACGGAAGACCGAGUGUUAUUACUUGAGCAAAACUUUUGAGCGCUCGGCUUCAUUACUUCCCUGAUACAGAGCAACUCUGUCUGGUUGCGGUUCUCCGUCGCAAUCUGAGAAGUUUGACCUGCUGAAGCGAGCGGCCGAUUCGUUUUGUUAGAAUAACCGAUACUCAAGCAGCCCAGGCUCUGGGACAAAUCCAAGAUUGCUCUUUUUUGACAUUAUUUAGGGUUGAGGGUGAAAUGCCAUUGGGCGAUAUUAUGAGAUUAGAUUUAGAGAAAAUUGCCCUGGGCUACAUUGUACCUUGUUUGCGCGAUAUUGGCUUUUGCUACUUGGACAAUUUCUUGGGCGAGAUCAUAGGGGAUUGCGUCUUGGAAUGUGUAAAACAGAUGCAUUAUAGUGGGGAGCUGCAGGAUGGUCAACUGGCCGGCCAGCGCCAUGGCAUCUCCAAGAGACACUUAAGAGGAGACAAGAUAAAGUGGAUCUCAGGCACUGAGAAAGGAUGCGAGGCCAUCAACUUUCUCCUGUCACUGAUAGAUAGACUGGUGAUGUUUUGUGGCAGUAGUUUGGGCAAAUACUAUGUCAAGGAAAGGUCCAAGGCUAUGGUAGCUUGCUAUCCUGGGAAUGGAACUGGCUAUGUGCGUCAUGUGGACAAUCCCAAUGGAGAUGGGCGAUGUAUCACCUGCAUUUAUUACCUGAACAAGAACUGGGAUUCAAAGCUGCAUGGAGGAAUUCUACGAAUAUUCCCAGAGGGCAAGUCCUAUGUAGCGGAUGUCGAACCCAUCUUUGACAGAUUACUUUUUUUCUGGUCAGACCGAAGGAACCCACAUGAAGUGCAGCCUUCCUAUGCAACAAGGUAUGCAAUGACUGUGUGGUAUUUCGAUGCUGAGGAAAGAGCAGAAGCCAAAAAGAAAUUCAGGAAUUUAGUUGAUGCAGGAAAGACAGAAGCAGUUCUCGGUAAAGACUGAAUAACAAAUAAUUUGAUACAAUUUUUGUAUAAUGAAAAUUUUCGGACUAUUUGCAAGCAAUAAGAUCCAAAGAUUACAUGGUCUGUUUUUUAUGAUUAUUGGAUAUUCUUCAGUGCACUAUUUUUGACAUUAACUAAUGUUUGCAUAUUACCAUGAUGGUACUCAUGACAGCUUCCAAUCUCUUCUAUUUGGCGUAAACAUCCCUCUUCUGUUCUUGCCUUUUAAUUGAAGAAUACAGAAUGAAGAAUAUCACCAAAUCUCAUAUGAUAUCAAGGUGAAGAUGGCAAUACUAGUAAUAAAAAUACUAAACAUUUGAACAAUUGGAGGAACCUGAAUCUAUUUGCACUUUAGUUACAUUUUCUGGUUCGGUAGAAAGGAACUUUACGAAGGAUCCUCACUGGCAAACUUCAGAUGAGCAACAUAAGCAAGCCAAGAUGCAAACCAGAACUGCAUACUUGUCAGGAACUAGUUUCAUUAUGUCGGUGCAGAGCUUUUGAUGUUGUGCCUCAUCGUUUUGCUUACAGACUAUUACAGACUUCUUCGACUUGUCUCAUUGCCAAAUCAAAGCCUCCCGCUUGCCAUAAAAUUGCCUGGAUUUUAUCCACAUUGUUCAAGCCAAGCAACAGCAGUUCUAUCACUUUGCCUUUUUAGAGCCCCCAAAUAGAAGUGGUAGCCAUUGUGCACCUACUUAUAGUGUUCUUAAAAAGUACUUCCUUUGUGGGUUAGCUCUGAGAAUUAUUUUUAUCAUCUUUUAAAACUGUUUGGCAAAAUAGCUAGCCAGCCUCACCAGCUCCUACCCAUUACAAACUUUGGGAAAUUUGAUGGCAAGCUAAGAGAAAGUAUGCCAAGAAAUCAUCUAAUCAAAUUUCAUUUUCAUUUUAAUAUUUUUCAACUGAUCUUCCACUAGUCACAUAUUGUAUGUGACAAAAACUGAACUCUGGCAAUCAAGCGUAUUGUUAAGAUGGGCUUGAUAACUAACUAGCUGUUGAAGAGACAUAGAAAGCAAUGUCCAGCUGGCUCUUAACUGUUAUAUUUGGGAAACAUUUGCAGUGGCCACUGAAAAUGGCAUGUAAACUGGCAUUCGGUUGUGGUGUAAAUUUUGGAUCUGUUAUAAAUGGGGCUAAGAUUGUACAACUGAAUUUCAGACCUAAUCACUAUUGUUUUGGAACCCGUAAGAAAGUGUGCUUUGAACUGUAGACUUACAACUCAGUCUUAAGAUUUGAGAUGCCAGCAAAAUAAAUAAAUAAAUAAUGUGUUGGAUGGGAUGUUCCAGUUGCUGUACCUAUGCAGUGUCAUAUAGCAUGAAUCUUGGAGAGCAGAUGCACUAUGAAAAUAUUUAAGAUAAGAUUCAUAGAUCUGUGUUACCAGUAUGAGGUCAGGAUAGAUGUUGCUAUCGUGAUGUAUUGAGAUUACAAAUACAAAUAUAAAAUGUGGUCCCAAAUGUCACUUUGCUACACAUAAAUUCCUGCAUUGAAGCCAUGGGUUUUACAGAGAGAGAUUAUGAAGCACAUACUUUCUUCUAAUGUCACUUUUUCAAAGAAAAGCAUUUCUAAUGAAUAAACUUAGCAGUAAAUGCACUUAGACAAAAAAACAAAUUGUUUUCAUCAAAAUAUGCAAUGAAUGAAUGAAUGAAUGCAAUUCAAUCCUUUGAAGAUAAUUGCUCAUUUCUCUGUUGUCUCUAGCAGUGUUUUGAAUAUUGUGAUGGAGAUUAUUUGUUCUUCCAAGUGUCCAUACUUUUCUCCAGGUUCCAUUUUUAUUCUUCCUUUUCAUUCCAAUUAAACUUUUUAGUUCAGUUUUGACUAUUAUGGCUUUAAAAGGGAUGGCUGAUAUGAUAUCUCCUUGUAAUUUCUGAAGACAUGGAAGUCGCUUCCCCAAAACAUGAGCCACAGAACAAGGCUAAUAUAUUUAAGAAUUAUGCGGACUAAGCCCAAAUCCAAUUGAAAAUAUUUUUUUCAGCAACACAGUAUGUAUAAAGCAAUAUAAUUUCUAAUAAAAUUGCCAUUGUUUACUUCAGGAAACAAGGCUCUCCUGCCUGCAUUUGAUGUCUGAAUUUUAAGAUGCUCUAUGAUGAUUCCCUUUCUUCUUAAAUAUUUCCUUGAAUGUUCCUCUUUGAUCACAUAGUUUUAUACACGGAGAGUUUAUGAUGUGUUUUUCUUGUAUAAAAUAUUUCAGGAAAGAACAAAUCAGUUAAAUUUGACUUGUGCAAAAUAGAAUUAAAAAUUAAUUGCUUUCAUUUGUGCUAGUGAGUGAUUCCUCCCUCCCCUUUCUUGUGUAAAGAGCUCAUAAUUGGAAGGAAAGUGUGGCUAUACAGUAUAUAUUUGCAGCAGGAGAAUUUUAUAGGCAUCAAAGUGAGAUUUUACAAAUCAAAAGAUGGUAGUAUUUAUUUUAAAAACCAUGAGAAGCAUCUGGUGGCAUCUUAAAGAUUGAUAUGGAUUAUAGCUUAACUCUCUUAGACUACAGUUGACUAUAAUAGAUUUUUUUUGUUUCUUUUUGGCUGCCACAGACUAUAAUAGCCAAUCUUCUAGCAAUUACAUGAAAGUGAAGAUGGGCAUCAGCCUAAGCAUAUUUAUUUCUAUUCUGUGUCAGAAUGUCCAAGUCUCAGGUCUCUAGUCUCAAGAACAGAAAAAGAUGUCUGCUCCAAGGCUGAUCAGUAUUGGGACGGAACAGUUGAAUCAUGAAGUGGAAGGCAGUCUGAGCAAAUUGUAGAAUAGGGGUCUUCAAACUUGGCAACUUUAAGACUUGUGGAUUUCACCUCCACAGGGCUGGCUGAGGAAUUCUGGGAGUUGAAGUCCACAAGUCUUAAGGUUGCCAAGUUUGGAGACCCCUGUUGUAGAAAGUCAGGAAAUGGAUGAGGUCUACCUUGCCAACUGCCAAGUCUAUCCAACUAUAACCUUAAAGGAACCCAUUAUCAUCUCAAUGAUGCAUCCUUGAAGAGAUAUGCUAAAAUAUAUAGGAAUUACUAGGAAUUCAGUACUUCAUUACUAGGAAUAAAUAGAACUCCAGAUCACUAUGUCUGAAAAACAAAGAUCUGUUUGCAUAGCAUCAGGAAACUUGCAUAACAUCCUUCAGUCUCCUUUAAUUUGGAGACAAGUCUUUCAUCCACAGAAGCUUCUUCAAAGGAAAAAAAAACUGCACACUCAUAACCCCACAUUCUCUUUCAAGAAAUAGGUUUUUGCUCUAUUCACAUGUGACAAAAUAAAGCCAUUUAUGAUUCCCGCACAAGAUUGUGCAAUCAGACCUAUUUUCUCAUUCACCUAAGAUAAAAAAAUGUUAUUUUUAUUAUUGUUCCCACCUUGCUGUAGAUGCAUAUCAUGGGGAAUUCCUUCAGAGUGAGUAUGUCUUGAAAGAGAAAAAAACGGGUAACAAUUUCUAUGUAAUAUCCUUUGUAAAAGGUAUCAGCUUUUUUAUAGUUGGGAAAGAAUCUACUGUUAUCAAUCAUAGAUGAAUCCUUCAACUGCCUAAGCAAUUUAGAACUUGAAAAGUUAAUGAGAUCAUCAAUUGGCUGUGAUUAUAGUGUGGUAGUGAAAUGUUAUUUACCUAUUUUAUUACAAUGUUUCAUUGUGUUUUAUUUAUGCAAAAUGAUUAACUUCCAGAAUAUUGCAAAAACAUUUCUUUUAAUGGUUCUGAGUGCAUUUUCAAUAAGCAGUUUGUUAAAAAAUUGUCAUAAUGGAGCACCAAUGACGUUAUUGGAUCAACAGGAAAAAAUGGUGAUUUGGCUAUUUAUUAGUUGAGGAGCCAAAGGUACUUUUAUUGCCUUUUUCUUGCCAUGACUGAAGGCCCCCCCUUGCCCAUUGGAGUUGGAAAGUGUGCUGGGCAAAGGUGAAAUAAUUUCAUUGCAUUUAUAAAUAAAUAAACCAUGAUUUCUAAACAGUUUAAAGUCAUAUCUAGGGCUAACUGUUCAUUUCUACAUUUCAUGGAGUGGUGAGAUAAUUUUUUCGAUCUACAAAAAGUUGUUGUAUCCAUUGUUAAAUUGUCAGGAUUAUAGCUUUCUAGGAUUAUUUUAAUAGUCAAUUUAAAUGCAAUCCAAUAAUUAUCACACCAGACCUAAUCCCUCUGAGUACUGUACAAAGUCAUUUAAAAUAAAUUGUAUUUACUACAGAAAAAAGUUGGGCAAAAUGGUCAAUUUCACCUUCUUAAUAUGAAGAGUCCAUUUGUAUUUUUUAAACCUAAUACACAUUUUGAAAACAACACAAUGAAAUAUAUUUUAUCUCUCAUGUGUUUCCUAUGUUUCCAAUAAGAUUGGAACUUGUGGAAAAACAGAAUUCAGAGAUGGUCAUUUUUGAAAAAAAGAAUUAAUACUGUGUUCUAUUCCUGCAUGAUUGCUUUUCGAUGUAACUAUUUCUACUACUGCUUGCUUUGGAAAGUGCAUUAAUUUGCUGCCCAUUCUUAAUCGUAUUUUGUGACUGGCUCCCCAAUCGUCUCUCAGGACGGCAAACCUUUUGCCAGGCUACAUGCUGGUCAUUGUUGCUGGCAGGUGGGCUGGAUAGUGGUCUAUACUGUGGAAUGUUGCCAUCCUAUCCACAUUUGUGUUUGUGUUAUUUAAAACGAUGUAGAAUGAAAUAAAAUCUUGCAGGAGUCAAUAAACUAAGCUGUGGAUUUGA